AUGGAGAUGGUCUUAUAUGGAAAAUAUACUGAGGUCUCAAAAUGUACACAAAAAUACAUUCAUCCGACAUCAGAAUUCGUUCGCAGAAUAAACAGCAUUCGCUUAUUAUGUAAUUGGAUGAUGACUGUAGAUACAAGAAAUUAUGAGUUGCUGAAGGAUUCUUAUGAAGUCUUUUCAGUUGACAAACUAAAAGCAGUCAAACUGUUGGAUCAGAAUGUGUACAGAAACUGUUUAUGA